AUGGAGAAGCAAGAAUGGGGUUUCAAGGAGAACCAUGAGGUGCAUGCAACUGCAGCUUUGACUAUGAGAAACAUUCUUGAAGCCCUCAUCGCAAACAUGGAUGAAAAUGGGACUGGGAAAUCGAUGAUUCAUCUGGGACACGGUGAUCCUUCAAUCUAUCCUUGCUUUCGAACAUCUACGAUCGUUGAAGAUGCAUUAGUUGAAGCCACUCGAUCUGCUAAGUUCAACUGUUAUGCUCCUGGUGCUGGAAUAGCUCCUGCAAGGAGUGCUAUUGCCGAGUAUCUAUCAAGAGAUCUUCCUUACAAGUUAACAUCCAACGACGUAUUCCUCACCGUUGGAGCAGACCAUGCUAUCGAAGUCUUGCUAACCGUUCUUGCUCGCCCCGGUGCAAAUAUAUUGUUUCCAAGACCUAAUUAUCCAACGUAUGAAGCCGAAGCUCGAUUUAGUCCGCUCAAAGUUCGUCAUUACGAUCUCCUCCCAGAGAAAGGCUGGGAAGUUGAUCUAGACGGUGUUAAAGCGUUGGCGGAUGAUCAAACUGUGGCUAUAGUUCUCAUCAACCCAGGGAACCCUUGUGGAAAUGUUUUCACAUUUAAGCACUUGAAAAAGAUUGCAGAAACAGCAAGAAAACUUGGAAUUCUGGUGAUAGCAGAUGAAGUUUAUGCCCAUCAAGUAUUUGGAGAAAACCCGUUUAUCCCGAUGGGGGUAUUUGGAGAUAUAGCACCCGUUGUGACGGUUGGGACAUUAUCAAAACGAUGGAUCGUUCCUGGUUGGCGUUUAGGUUGGAUAGCGAUAACUGAUCCUAUCGGCAUUCUUCAACAAACCGGGAUUGCUGGUUCCCUAACAAGUUGUCUUACGAUAACAGCUGAUCCCCCUACUGUUAUUCAGGGAGCAGUUCCUCACAUCAUAGAGAACACACCACACUCUUUUUUCUUGAACAUCAACAAGUUACUAAAGGAGGCAGCAGACAUGCUUUACAAGAGACUUAAGGAGAUACCGCUUGUUUCAUGCCCGUACAAACCCGAGGGAUCAAUGUUCGCCAUGGUGAAGUUAAACCCAUCAGAUUUUGAUGAUAUAGUUGAUGAUACAGACUUCUGUAUGAAGUUGGCAAGAGAGGAAUCCAUGAUCCUUUUUCCAGGGGAUGCUUUUGGUUUGAAGAACUGGGUUCGAGUGAGUUUUGCUGCAGAUCAAAAAGUGCUUCAAGAUGCAACUGGGAGGAUGAAAGCGUUUUGCUUGAGACAUGCAAAACAUUACUAG